GUCUUUGGAUCCUCAUCCUUGUCUGUCUGAUAAUCUCAAGGGGUGAUCCAUCAGUUUGUGAACUGUUUACCAGCUAAGGUGGCCCCCAAAUGGCUUCUUGCUAAGCCUUUUUGCCUUGCUUUUCUAGUUUAUGUGUUCCUAUGACCUUUGCAAACCACAUCCCUAUCCUUCUCCUUGAUUUUCUGCUGUGUUAGCAAUGGCAGUGGUGGUGGUGGUGGAGGCUGUGGAGGAGAUCAUGAGGGUUUACAGGUCCUUACCAAGAAGACCAAGCUUGGAGGAUGUGGAAGCUGCCAUGGCUGUCAUCAAGGCCUCAACAGCAGAGGAAGAGACUAGACUUCAAGAGAUCAACAAGAUGGAGAAGCCUCAAGGUUUACCUGAUGAGCUCUUUCAUGUUCUACAGGAAGUCAAGAGGAACAUGGUCUUGUUACUUGGGCAUGAGCAGAGGAAAGAAGCCAACUUUGUUCUGGAUUUGGACAAGAGGUUUGCUGUUUUUGAUGACCUGAUUCAGAGGACUUCUGUGCUUGUUUCAGGAGGUGAUGAUGAGGGUUUUGGGAUGAAGGAGAUGGUUGAGAAGAGAUUGGAUUUGGAUGCUCCUAUACCACUGGUUGUUCAUCCUGUCCCUUCUCCAUUCAAGUUUGAAACUCCUUCUUCAGGUGGUGAGGAUUCAGAGAAAUUGAGUCUUAUCAAACUUGCAAGCUUGAUUGAGGCUUCAGCAAAGGAUGGAGCUGUUGUUCUUGAUCUCCAAGGGAAGCUGAUGGACCAAAUUGAAUGGCUUCCUCUGUCUCUUGGUAAGCUUGAAGAUGUUACUGAGCUUAAUUUAUCGGAAAACCGAAUCAUGGCUUUGCCAUCAACCAUUGUUAGCCUCAAAUGCUUAAGAAAGCUUGAUAUCCACUCGAACCAGCUGAUAAACCUACCGGACUCUUUCGGAGAGUUAUCAACUCUCAUCGAUCUUGACCUGCAUGCAAACCAAUUAAAAUCCCUUCCCGCUAGUAUCGGCAAUCUGACAAGCCUCACCAAUCUGGAUUUGAGCUCUAAUAAGUUAUCUUCGCUUCCUGAAACAUUAGGCAAUCUGAAAAGCUUAAGAAAACUGAAUGUCGAAACUAAUGAGCUAGAAGAACUUCCUUACAAUAUUGGAUUUUGUACUAAUCUAGUUGAGCUAAGAUUGGAUUUCAAUCAGCUAAAAGCACUGCCGGAAGCCAUUGGCAAGCUCGAAUGCUUGGAAGUUCUUACCUUGCACUACAACAGGAUUAAAAGUUUGCCUACUACAAUGGCUUCACUGACCAAGUUGAGGGAACUAGAUGUCAGCUUCAAUGAGCUUGAAUCGAUCCCUGAGAAUCUUUGCUUUGUGACUAGUCUUGUUAGAUUAGAUGUCGGCAGAAAUUUUGCGGAUUUGAGGUCGUUACCAAGGUCAAUUGGAAACCUUGAGAUGCUUGAAGAAUUGGAUAUAAGCAGCAAUCAGAUAAGAACAUUGCCCGAAUCCUUCAGAUAUUUAUCGAAACUCAGAGUGCUUCAUGCUGAUGAGACACCAUUAGAAGUGCCUCCAAGAGAAGUUGUUAAAUUGGGAGCUCAGGCUGUUGUGCAAUACAUGGCUGAUCUAAUGACAAUAAAAGACAGUAAUCCUCAACAGAAUGAUAGGAAAGGAUUCUGGCAUUGGGUUUGCUCACUCUGUGGAGAAGAUGAGAUUGAAGCUUGAUGACUUGUGAUACGAAAUCGAAGUUGUAGAUAAUAUGUUUGUCAUUGUUCUUUGAACUUUGUAUCAGAAAUUAUUUGUUUGGAUCAUUGUGUGUGUGUGUGUGUAAAUUAUCUUUGAAGGAACUUUGAUAUGUUGCUUAUAAAAAUAUUUUUACCA